GUGUAACGCGGUCUCUUCUCUCGUUCUCGUGCUCUUGCUCGCACUCUCGAGGGAUGCUGUGGCGCGCUGGUGGGGAUCCGAAUGCGAUAGGGGUUGCUCCGCCCGUGGGCCAACCAGAGGUCUCGAUGGAAGCGGCUCCGCCACACCCCGUGGAUCGUCCCUGGCUUCCCUCGGGAGCCCUCGUCGUGCCAUCCUCUUCUCAACAGAUUUCGGAUCCUCUAGUCUGCCAAGAGCCAGCUGACACGGAGCAGCGCUCUUCUCGUUAUCCGUUUCUUAUUUCGAUCGCGUCUUCGCCGGGCCUGCGCCGCACGACGCGCGACGCGGACUCCCACGGAUUCUCCGCUCCGCAACUCCGCUCCGCGAUUCCGCUCCUCGCCGAGACAGUCCGCUCGACUGCCCCCUGCGAGGAUCGCUGCUACUACCCCCCGCCGGGCGCCGCGCCGGCAAUCUUUAUCGCCGCGGAACGACGAUCAUGCGUAUCGAUCCGCGGAUCAUGGACAGCACGAUCCGCUCGGAAUUUGUCGCGUACCCCGCCGGCCAGUGUGUUGACGUGUGAAAACUCUUGUGACUCGGCUAGCAUGUGUGGACAGUGUCGUUGACGUUCUAUGCUCGAAGAUUCCUCGGAGUGUCUGUCGCCCACCCACGUCGAUCACCGAUGAGCUGCCUCGACCUAUCGCGACCCAUGGUCGACUACAAGAUGAAUGGAAGCAGCGACGAAGGCGAGUCGACGUCGGGCACGCCGGUCGGCACCGGUGCCGGUGAGAACGCGGACAUGGAGGAGAACGGCUCGGUUCGCAGCGGCAGCAACAGCAAUAGCAACAGCAACAAUGGUUCCAGCAACCCGGUAUACAGGGACCUGAAAGCUUUGCACGCGACCAGCGCCCACGAUGUCCCGCAGGACUACAACCCGCAAUCGAGGCCCGCUUAUCAACGCGGCUACUCUCCGGCCAUGGACAAGCAGCCGAGCUACGAGAAGGAUCCGCACAGGCCACCCUCGUCCAGGGAGGAGGACAAGUCCUGGGACUACAGCGAGAAGGCCGACCGGAAGGACUACUCGAGGUCGCGGGACUCCUACAGAAACGACUCGUACCAGGACGCGGUGAAGCAGGAGCAGAAGGAGCAGUCGAGCCGCGAGUGGGUGUCACCUGUGCCGGAAGUCGAGGUGGGAGGCUCGUUGCCCGGCGGUCCUCAGGUGCGAGCGAGGAAGGACAUUCCACGAGGUGCAAGGUUCGGCCCGUUCCUCGGGAAAUGGGCGAGCGAGCCUUUCAACCACCGCUACGCGUGGGAGGUCCGCACCGCCGGCAGCGGGGUGAGAGGUUGGUUGGACGCAUCCCACGAGACGAACAAUUGGCUGAAAUACGUGUGCAGUACCAGAAGCCCGCAUCUCGUCAACAUGCGUCACGUGCUCAUUGGCGGACAGAUGGUGUACGAGGCUGUGCGGGACAUAGCGGUCGGUGAAGAGCUUCUUCUCGGCGUUCGAGAACCUCUUCAGCUGCAGGACAUGCUCGGAGAAAAUACAACCGAGGACAGAAGCGAUCGGGAGACCGCCUCGCAGCACAGCGGAACCAUCGACGAGGAUAAAGAGGACGAGGAGGAGGGCGAGACCAGGUGCACCGUCUGCGACAAACCGUUCCAAGACAUCGAACUAUUGGACAGCCACUUGGUGACCUGCCACAGAUACCCGGCUGAACAGCACCGCUGCGACAGCUGUCCUCGCGCGUACGCUUGGCGACCGUUGCUGGUCCGUCACCGUGCCAUCGUCCACGGGGAUCUGCGCAACUACCCCUGCGAGAACUGUCCGAAGUCGGACAAUCCGCAGGUCUUCACGGAUCCGUCGAACCUCCAGCGGCACAUCCGGACGCAUCACGUGGGCGCGAGGAGCCACGCGUGCACCGAGUGCGGCAAGACGUUCGCGACCAGCUCCGGGCUGAAGCAGCACACCCACAUCCACAGCAGCGUGAAGCCGUUCCAGUGCGAGGUCUGCUUCAAGGCGUACACCCAGUUCUCGAACCUAUGCCGGCACAAGCGCAUGCACGCCGACUGUCGCAUGCAGAUCAAGUGCGUUAAAUGCGGACAGUCGUUCAGCACGGUCACCUCCUUGUCGAAGCACAAGCGCUUCUGCGACUCGACGCCACCUUCCGGUCCCCCCGGUCCUCCAGGUCCACCCGGAAUCAUACCGCUGCUACCGACCCCGCCUCCCAGCCCUUUCAUGGUCUACCCUCGUGCCCCCGGCAACCUCCCAGGAGGAAUACCUUUCUAUCCGCCGAGCCUGAUGGGUCCUUACCCGGGGAUCUUUCCGAAUGCCCCGAACUUCCUCAACACGGCCCUUCUAUUCCCGCCGAAGGUCGAUGAGGCCGAGAAGCGAAGCGACAGCCCGAAGAAGGAGCGCUUCUCGCCGCCCAGAGUGCUUCCGCAGCACAGCAAAGUCUCUCCAUCCACCGCCGAGAAAGCGACCUCCUCCUUCAGGCCCUCUCCGGCUAGACCACCCGUCCAGCCGCCGGCCGACGGCGAAGAGGAACCUUCGAAGAAGAGGGAGUCGAGCAGCAGGACCGAGAAGAAGACGGACUCGGAGCUGGCCUCGUCGGCCACCAGCGAGGAGACAACGGACCAGCCCCUGGAUCUCAGAGUGCAAACGAAGAAGCAAGAGACCAACUCGAACGCUACCGACAGGAAGAGUCGCAGUCCUUCGCCGGUUCCAGCGUCGAUAGAGGAGGUACCGCCGCCCCCGGAGCCGCCCAAACACGAAGAGGAAGCUUCCGCACCUAUGGAACUCGAUCCCAAAGACGUGCCGAGCAGUCCCCAUCUAAGAACCAGCCUGUCCGCCGAGCAACCAGCCGCGAACACCCCGCCGCACAUGGCCUACCCCAGACCGAUUCACCCCAUGUUCCUCGAGGCGAUGUAUCGCGGACCUACCGGCUCGUUCCCCGGCUUCCCGGGCGGUCCUCCGCCGCCGGGAGGCGCCGCCCCAGAGUCCAGAUUGCUGCCACCGCUGCCCCCGUUCGGUCCUCCGCGGGGCCUACCUUUUUUAGGAACGCUUAUGAACGGGCUCAGCGGAGCUAGGCCAGGUGGAGGAGGGUUCGACCUGUUGGGUAGGCCACCGUUGGGACCGUUCCCCGGCGUGAAGCCUUACCAGGAGGCCGUGAUCGCUCCUCACCACCAUCACCACCACCAUCACCAUCCCCACGGCAAGAUGAAGGACCGCUACUCGUGCAAGUUCUGCGGCAAGGUGUUCCCCAGGUCCGCGAACCUGACCAGACACCUGCGCACGCACACCGGCGAGCAACCCUACAAGUGCAAGUACUGCGAGAGAUCGUUCAGCAUCUCGAGCAACCUCCAGAGACACGUGCGGAACAUUCACGACAAGCAGAAGCCGUUCAAGUGUCACCUCUGCGAGAGAUGUUUCGGCCAGCAGACCAAUCUCGACAGACACCUGAAGAAGCACGAGGUGGACGACGGGAGCGGAGGCGUGUCCGUGGCGGACUCGCCCGGCAGCAGCAACGAGAACGAACGGGAGGACACCUACUUCGACGAGAUCCGAUCGUUCAUGGGGAAAGUGACUUACGGCGGCGAGGCUGGCUACGGGCUGCCCCAUCAUUCCGCUUAUCUGCCGAGUCGGCUGCACGAGAUCCACGAGUCCAAGAUGGAGACCGAGUACGACGAGGACGAGGACAGCGAGGAAGGUGUCUCGCCCCUGGACGAGACCGACGGAUUGUCGCCCGUCGAGACCAAAGAGACCACCCCGCCACCGCAGUACGACCUGAAGCUGAGGGAGAAGCCGGAGCUGUUGAACAACAACACGGCCGAGCCGGUCAUCGAGAUUUCCACAUAGCCCCUAGGUCGUUCGCGUCGGACGAGAGACACCGUUUAAGGGACCACCCUUCGGCGAGGCUCUCGCGAGGAUGUUCGUCUGGAUGUAACUUUUCUUUUUUUUAAACCGUAGCUAGACUCCGUCGAUCGUGUCCGAGGUCACUCGCGUCGAAGCAAGCGUCGGCGAGUAGACCCGUCCGAGAUCGGAUAUUCGCGCGAUCUCGCCGCGAAUCUUUAUGUGUCCUCGGAUCGGAUACGUUCUUACGUCCCACGUCUCUGUUCUUUUGCACCUCGACAGCGGGAACGCGAAGGGGAGACAUCCACGCAGAGUUCUUUCUCCUUAGACCGCGCUCGAAUCGGACGCGGCCCCGUGCGAACGAAGUCGCUGCCGUCUCGUCGAUCGAUCGACAGCGAUUUCCCGACGAUCGCGCGACGUUCGAUCGGGACACGGUCCUGCGUGGAUAGAACCGCGCGCGAAGGGAGGGCGCUCCGUAGCGUAGUUCCUACAGGCUCGUUUUCGUUCUACACGCGCACGUAAUUGAUAAUCGCGACUCGCCGCGAUCCCGUCCGAUGGAAUCGCGCGAGCCGGACCCUCUGUAGUAUUAUUUAUUCGCGACGAAGUUACGGCGCCCCGUGAACAGAGAGCAGUUCUUUGCGAGGACGGUUCCGGGUUUGUGAAACCCGAUCGCCGGUAUUCGUGGAAGCCGAUGUGAUCGCGGAACGGAAACAAGGGAGAUUCGGGAAACGAUGCCACCGGAUCGCUGGAGUCUUUCGCUGGGCGGAUCGCUGGAAUCAUCGACGAAAGGGAAUACAAGACGAAAGGAUCCUAGCUGCGUUCUGGAUCGAUAUUCGGGAAGCCAAAGCGACGAGGACGACCACUCGCGAAACAAGCGUGUAAUUAAGACAGAGAGAGCGAGCGAGAGAGAGAGAGAGAGAGAGAGAGAGAGAGAGAGAGUGAGAGAGAAAGAGAGAGAGAGAGAGGGAGAAAUGUUGUAUGAAAAACUGUGUACAAAUUUCCAUUAGGGGAUAUAACGUUUGUAAAGAAACAGAGAUACAGAAGUUCUUCGUGAUUUUUAUUAAUAUAUAAAUAUACAUACUAUACAUAUUAUAUAUGAAGAUAUAAAUGCGGCCUCGUGGAUCCGGCGAGCGGAUCCGGGAGCUCAGGACGCUCCUCGUCGGGACGCAUAGUUGUUAAAUUACUUGGCUCGAUAGUUGAUGGGAAUAUCAGCCGUGUUCUCAUACCUGUUCUCGACGUUCAACGUGCCCGCGAAUGUUUUAGUUUAGGGGAAGCAAUAAGAGUGACGUUCGCGAGACCAUCCUGUAUAAUGCGGUUCUCCUUAUUUCCCGGUUUCGUUCGUUAACAGUUCACCGACAACGAUUGCGAAUACCGUUUGGCGACUGCGUCGACGGAAACGUAGGGCUUCAACUGUUUUUUCCACGCAAGACUAUUUGCGGAUACGUGUUCUCUACAUAUCUCUCCUCCUUAUCCUCCUCCUCCUCUCCUCCUUCUCUCUGACUACAUAGAUGAUAAUAAACUUACGGAUUGAUUAUGCGUAAUUACGUCGAUCGAGAUAAAUAAGAACGGUUAUAUUAUUGCUCUAUCUAUACAUAUUGUAUAAAAGCAUCCUGUAACUUCAUUAUGAUUACUAUUAAAAUAUUACACUUCAA